GGAGCAGUUCCGGGUGCGGUGCGCGCCAGGGGCGGGCGGGGGGCGGCGUCCUGGCCAUGGCCGGCCUGUCGGACCUGGAGCUGCGGCGUGAGCUGCAGGCCCUGGGCUUCCAGCCAGGACCCAUCACCGACACCACUCGGGACGUCUACCGCAACAAGCUGCGCCGCCUGCGUGGCGAGGCCCUGCUGCGCGACGGGGAGCGGGUGCGGGACGAGGCCCGACCGCGGAUCCAGGAGCGGCUGCGGGACGAGGCCCGGCUACGCGAGGAGGCGCCGCUGCGCGCCCGGCCCGCCGCGGCCCCCGUGCGGGCGGAGCCCUGGCUCUCCCCGCCGGUCUCGGGCCCAGCCUACAAGACCUCCGGGCCCUAUGGCGACUUCGGGGCCUCCGCCGCUUCCUGGGCCGGAAGCCGCGGCCUCGCUCAUCCCGCUCGCCCUGCGCCGCUCCGGCGUCGCGCCUCCGUCCGAGGCAGUUCCGAAGAGGAUGAGGACGCCCGGACGCCCGACAAGGCCUCCCUGGGCCCGGCCCGCCGCUGGUGGGGCGCGUCCCCGGCCUCGGCGCGGCCGCCCUCCGCCCUUCUCAACCCGGACCCGCGUCCCGGCCUGCGGGCCACGCGAGCGAGCUCGGCGGGCACGGCGCGGGCCCGACCCGAGGUGGGGCGGCGGCUGGAGCGCUGUCUGUCUCGGCUCCUGCUCUGGGCCAGCCUGGGGCUGCUGUUCGUCUUCCUGGGCAUCCUCUGGGUGAAGAUGGGCAAGCCCUCGGCGCCGCAGGAGGCGGAGGACAACAUGAAGUUAUUACCAGUGGACUGUGAGAGAAAAACGGAUGAGUUCUGCCAGGCCAAGCAGAAGGCAGCCUUGCUGGAGCUGCUGCAUGAACUCUACAACUUCCUGGCCAUCCAAGCUGGCAAUUUUGAGUGUGGCAAUCCAGAGAAGCUAAAAAGCAAAUGCAUUCCUGUUCUGGAAGCCCAGGAAUACCUCGAAAAUGUGACCAGCAGCUCUUCCGCCAAGUUUGAAGCUGCCCUGACCUGGAUCCUGAGCAGCAACAAGGAUGUGGGCAUCUGGUUGAAAGGAGAAGACCCAUCUGAGUUGGUGACAACUGUGGACAAGGUGGUCUGCCUGGAGUCGGCCCGGCCCCGGAUGGGCGUCGGCUGCCGCCUGAGCCGAGCCCUGCUCACUGCCGUCACCCACGUGCUCAUCUUCUUCUGGUGCUUGGCCUUUCUGUGGGGACUCCUAAUCCUCCUGAAGUACCGAUGGCGGAAGCUGGAAGAGGAGGAGCAGGCCAUGUAUGAGAUGGUGAAGAAGAUUAUAGACGUGGUCCAGGACCACUAUGUGGACUGGGAGCAGGAUAUGGAGCGCUACCCCUAUGUGGGCAUCCUGCACGUGCGUGAUACCCUCAUCCCUCCUCAGAGCCGGAGGCGCAUGAAGCGCGUCUGGGACCGUGCUGUGGAGUUCCUGGCCUCCAACGAAUCCCGGAUCCAGACAGAGUCCCACCGAGUGGCUGGGGAGGACAUGCUGGUAUGGAGGUGGACCAAGCCCUCCUCCUUCUCUGACUCAGAGCGGUAGGCCCCACGGGGCCUGUGCCAGCCAGCCUGGCCUGCUGCCAGCCCAGGCGAGAGGCGGGCACGGACCUCUGGUGCUGCGUUGUUCACACUUGCCUUGACUGUUCACCCCUGCCCCAUUCUGGAGACCUCUCAGAGGAAAUGUGGGCUUCCUGUAGAGACGACAGGGAGAAACUGGGGUGAGACCCAGCCCCUCUUGCCUGUCUUGCUAGCAGAAUGGGGGAGAAGGGCUGGUUUUCCAAGAGCAGCAAGUAGAAGGCAGGCAAGCUGGAGCCUGCCUGCCCGCCAGCGGGUUCCUCAGCUUGGAAGGUGGGUUGGGAACAGGGCAUAGGGGAGUGCUAGGUCCAUGUGCCUUCGCGGGUGUUAGCUCAAGGGUGAGGGGAGAAAGCUGUCCCCUAGGUGGAUGGGCUACUUAUGUCCUAGAGGGAAGAUGCUAGAAAUUAGAACGGGUGACCAUAGGGCCCUCAGGUUGGAGGCAUGGCCUCCCUAGCCGGGAUCGCAGUGGAGUCCUGUGCAGGCUGAGAACCGGCCUGUCUUGUAGCCACCAGCUCCUCAGUGGUGCUUCUCACAGAAGUGAAUUCAGGCCAGACCUGCAGCCACAUGUUGCAUCGAGCCUAGAAUGCCCGUUCCAGGGCCCUUAGAGCUCCAGCUCCCCACCUGUGUGGAGCACUUGUUUUACUGUGAUGGCCUGCCUCCCUUCCUGUCCAGGGCUGUUUAAGGGACACUUAGAGCCUGGUGACUUGUCGGCAGUGGCCACACAUUGCCCCCUGCUGGCUGCACAGAACACUGCUGCCUGCUAGUCCGCUCCACCUGCUGGGGAGCCCCCUCCAGAACACCUGGUUGGGGGGGGGCCUUAUUAGUGCUGAGAGUCUCCAGCUCCUCUCAUCCCACAUGGCCUCUGAGGCAGGCUGGAGAGGGGAGUAGCCAGAGGAGAUGCACAGCUGCUUCCAGAAGACCCUGGGCACCCCUUUCUGGACUUCCUGGCAUUCUUGUUUCUUUAAUAAAGCUCCAGACUCCUCAUUUGAGCAAUACUCUUCAUUUCCUCUGAUGUCUGGACACUCAGCUGAGCUGGAAUCCGCUCUGCCUGUGGUGAGGCCCUGUUCUCAUAAUCAGACUCCAGCCAGAAGGAAACACAUGGCAACAGACUUCAAAAUCAGGGCGGAAACUUGAAUAAAUAACUAUUUAUUAAAAACA